AUGUAUCUUCUUUCUACUGAAGAUAAGGAUUGGCUUCUGAACAUAAGAAAGGAUUACGAUUUCGAUAAUUGGAAAGUGGAGUCUUCACAAUGGUCUACUCUGUCAAGGAAAGUGGUAGGAUAUGUAGAUGAAUCUUCUUCAUAUGAAGAGGCUAAGUACAUGGAUUGUGUACCUGUCUAUGUGAAGGAAUUGAUUGCUGGAGGUGCUGCCGGUGCAUUUGCUAAAACUGCAGUAGCCCCAUUGGAACGAAUUAAAAUACUUUUGCAGACAAGAACUCAAGGCUUUCAUACACUUGCGGUUUAUCAAUCUCUAAAGAAGCUACUGAAUCAAGAAGGUGUUGCUAGCGUCCUUCGAAUUGUUCCAUAUGCAGCGUUACAUUUUAUGACUUAUGAGCAGUACUGGUCCUGGAUUUUUGAUAAUUGCUUUGCUUUAGGAACAGGACCCGUCAUAGAUCUUUUAGCCGGUUCAGCAGCCGUAGGAACUGCUGUUUUAUGUACUUAUCCCUGGGAUUUGGCCUGCACCAAACUUGCUUACCAGACACAAGAGGAACCAUGCAGAAUGGCAUGA